AUGCCUGCUGAUUUCAAUGGGACGUGGGAAAUGGAAACCAAUGAAAACUUUGAAGGCUACAUGGUUGCUUUAGGUAUCGAUUUUGCAACACGUAAAAUUGCAAAGCACUUGAAACAAACAAAAGAGAUUAUUCAAGAUGGAAAUAAUUUUAAAACAAAAACACUGAGUACCUUCAGAAACUAUGACCUGGAUUACACUGUGGGAGUGGAGUUUGAAGAACAUACCAAAGGAUUGGAUAACCGAGUGGUACAGACACUAGUGACUUGGGAUGGUGACAAACUGGUAUGUGUUCAGAAAGGUGAAAAGAAAAACAGGGGCUGGAAGCACUGGAUUGAAGGAGACCAGCUGCAUCUGGAGCUGACAUGUGAAGACCAGGUGUGUCAUCAGAUAUUUAGGAAGAAAAAGUAAAAUUGACCAGAAAAUGACCCAGAUCUUCAUC